GUUGAAGAGUCACAUGUUCAAAACACUGCUUAGCAAGGGGGGACUAGCAUUAGCAGCUAACAUUAGUUAGCUCUCUAAGACUAAUUAUUAGCUCCGUGAAAACUACUUAAAAGUGAUAAAGAAAUGCCACAGAAAGAUCCGUGCCAAAAGCAAGCAUGUGCAAUUCAGAAGUGUUUACAAGCUAAUAAGUACGUGGAAAGCCUGUGCGAGGACGUGAUCGCGGAGAUGCGGCGGUGCUGUCAAGUGCAUGCGGGAAACUCCAUUUGCUGCUCCGGGUUCAAAGACUCAAAACCCGCAGAGAGCAAAAGUAGCGAAUAGUUCCAUGCGGCAUCUAUUCCCGCAAGUGAUAAUUCUGCAUUGUAUCAGUAUAACAUGACAGUGGAGUUGUUGCAUAUUUAUUUGUCUGUCUGCUACCAUCCGUUUGUUAAAUUUAAAUAGGGUUUUCUCACAGCAGACAUUUUGAUAUUGCAGAAAGCCUCAUAAACACUCAUUCCCCUGGGACUAAAUGGCACACCUCUCUGGCAAAGCUGAACAAUGCAAGCUGUCUAAUGUAUUUAAAUAUUAUCGUGUCGUUCUGUCCACACCCAAUGUAUUUCUCGUGCCUAGUAUGAAAUUUCAAGUAUGUGUGUGGCAAGGAGUUUUAGUCUAAUUAGUAAUAAGAAAGAUUUUUUUAAAUAAGAAUUUCCCUGGAAAUCGAGACUAACUUGUUAUUCAUACAACAUACAUCUCAGCCUACAGCGAACACCCUACAGUGGAAAACUGUUAGGGGUGUAGAGGAGAACAUGGCAGAAAGACAAAGUUUAAUGCUAGCUGGUUACACAAAGAUAAGGCUCUAACAGUUUUUUUUUUCCUUCUGGUGAAGAAAUAAAAUAUUUGCACUUUGAAUGAAA